CAUUUUCUAUAAUGGAAGCUGUUAAGGAGAAGUGUGCAAAUGUGGAGCGUAUUCUGAGCAGCCAAUUAAAAGGUAUAGCGCGGGAUGCAGGCUUCGACAACUGGGAGGUCGAGAGGUGCGAUGUUCGUCCCGCGGCACAGGGUCUGUCCGGCUUCCUCGGUGACCACUUCAAACUGGAUCUCCAUCUAAGGAAGGAUAACACAAUACGUAUAAUACACCUGUUCGCUAAAUUUCUACCACUUAUCAACAUCCCUAAAGCCAAGCUGGUAAUGGAAAGCAAUUUCUUUCAACGAGAAGCGUUGAUGUACGAUCUGUUUGACAAGCUCGGAGUUUACAAUGAUCAGAAUCCCUGGUGUCCAAAAGCACUCAGAUUCAACGAGACCUUAGUUGUAAUGCCAGAUCUUUCUUACGAAGGUUAUCGGAAUGUUGCGAAACUGGAAUGCCUGGACUUGCAGCACGUGCGAGCAGUUGUGACCUCCAUGGCCAAGUUCCACGCGGCCUUCGCUUGCUAUGAAGCCAACAGGAACUGUGAUCUGCAGCAUCCCCACAGCUUCUACGAUGAACACAGGGAGGAGCUAAUGGACAAGUCGUUUAUGGAUUCUCCCUGGCUACGUGCAGCAGCAAAACUAACCUAUAAUUUCCUCAAAGAGUUUUCCACAAAGCAGCUUGAUAGAAGUGUGGAAAAAAUUAUGAUUGAGCUGUUUAUCGACACCUGCAAUGAUUUACGACAGAGGGAGGACAGUUUGAACGUUCUCAUACACAGAGAUCUGUGGACCAAUAAUAUCAUGUUUAGAUACGAUGGAACGCACCCGACUGACGCCGUGAUGCUAGACUUCCAGUGCGUGCGAUACGGCCCUCCAGCAUUUGACAUUAUGAUAUUUCUGUAUUUGACCACAUCGAGGAAGUUCCGGCUGGCCCACGAGAUGGAGGUACUUAAUCACUACUACACUGUGUUCACGCAUUGUCUGGAUGACGUCACGAAAGGCAAGCUGAAGGACUACAACUACGGUCGCUGGGAUCUGUUCAACUGGUGCGAGAAGGCGAGGAGGUUCGCCAUGAUGGAGACGCUGGCGAUACAUCCCUUUGUGUUGAUGGAGGAGCACGUGGCCGAGGAGACGUUCGAUAACCCCGACACGUUUGUGAAGUACAACGACGAGGACAGGAGCGGCCCGGUGCUGAAGCACGCGAGGGAGAACGAGACCUACAGGAGCCGGCAGCUAGAGCAUGCCGAGGAGUUUGUGGACAGAUACGUCUAUAAACUAAUUUAGAUCUUGUUAGCGCGUCAUGGAACCAACGGAGUGUACUUCAGAGUACACGACACAGGUGAACACUUCGUCUGUGCAAGGUUAAUAAUACAGAAUACAAUAUUUUUUCUAUUUGCAUUAUAAAGUAUUUCCAUUUACAAUUGUCGAGUUUCUUAGCCUAUAAGUGGGCAUACAUCUACAUAAAUAACAGAUAAUGUGUGUAUGUGAAUAUGGGUAUGUUCACCUAAAACUCGACAACAUUUAGCUCAAUUGAAAUGAAACUUUGCACACAAUUACUAUUCCUCCUCACCGCACUUCUGCCUUUCGUGGUAGUUUCCGUUACGCUGCCACUAAGUGUUGGAACAAUAUACCACCACCAGUUAGGAAUAGUUGCUCCAUAUAUAGUUUUAAAUUAAAAUACAAAAACCAUUUAGUAUACUAUCAAAAAGAUUUACAAAUAGGUGGAAAAAUAGUCCCCACUUAUCUUAGGUAAAGUGAAUAUAUAUAUAAUAUGUAUAUUUUCUGAACUGGCUUUAUUUUAUUUUAAUUUUAUAUUGUAAUCGCAGCGUUUGUAUUUUUUGUUGUGUACCAUAUUUUGUUAUCAAGUUUUGCAUAUUUUGUAUCUUUUAUAUUGGUAAUUUUUGUCUUUCUUUAUUCUUUAAUGUUGGUUUUUCUACGUAUAAGGUAUUUGGGUAGGUUUUCAGUUUUAAGUAAGUAUGUGUUAUGCUGUAAGUAUUUAAAAAUUUUCAAACGUUUCUAAACCACAGCGCGAGUUUGUCUCGUAAUGGGCUACGCUGAAAACCAGCGCUGUAGCAUUUGUUACAGCAUACGCUGAGCGGUGUACAUUUUCGCAUCAUUCUUUAUUCUAUUGUAAAUUAUAUAAUUAUGUUCACAAAUAUUAUUUUACUUUAAGCGAUAUUGUUAUGUUUUACUUUAAGGUGUAUAAUAAUACUUUGUAAAUUAAAUUGUGUGAUGAUGAUGUGAAAUAAAAUAUGUCUAUGUCUAAUCACGUUCUAUACAUAUGGACAUACCAUUCGAAGUCUGAUAGCGGAACGGCAAAAGUUUAAAUGUUGUUUAAAGACAAUGUAAGCACACUUUUCUCCUUAGUCGUGUGUCAACUGCCACUGUCCGAAUUGAACCUAAUUGAAUAAUGUUUUACAUUGCUGCUUAUUGACCAAGAAUAAUUUAAACAACUGGAGCAAAUGCAGCGAUGUAUAGGCAUAGCUGCAGUUAAAGCUUAUUAUGGUGUAAUUUGUGUCAUGUUCCAUAUUUUGGCUUUGUUUUUAUGCGACGUGCAUUGUCUAUAAGUAUAGAAUAUCAUUGUUUGCACACAUAUAAAAGGCGACAUGACAAUUUCGUCGAACAUAUUUACAUUUGUGUCAGAUAAGUGGCGCUGGUGGCAGUGUAUUUUAUCUUCGAACUACUCGUCCAAUUGAUAUAAAAUUUUGUAUAAGCAUAUGGCAGGCUUGAAAUAAAACGUGAUUAAAUACUUUUGAAGAACUAUAGGCCCAUAUAACUUCUGAGCAUCGUCCCGUGCGCAGGCUUGACGACUUCCAGCCUCCCGAACAAGCCGGAUUCCGAAAAGGCUUUAGCACCAUAGACCACAUACAUACGCUGUGGCAGGUUAUACAGAAGACAGAAGACUGUAACCAGCCACUAUGCUUGGCAUUCGUGGACUAUGAGAAAGCCAUUGAACUGAUCGAGACCUGGGGGGCGCUUCAGUCUCUCCAUUGAUUACCUAUUCGCAGACGAUAUCGUAAUCAUGGCAGAGACCAUGGAAGACUUAAGCCAUAUGCUCGAUGGCCUCAAUACAGCUUCCCAAGGAGUAGGUCUCAAAAUGGACAAGACGAAGAUCAUGUCAAAUGUCCAUGUCGCACUUACUCCCAUAACAAUUGGGAAGUGUACUCUCGAAAUUGUCGACGAGUACGUCUACCUCGGACAAACAAUCCAGUUGGGCAGGUCCAAUAUCGCGAAAGAGGUCAAUCGUAGAAUCCAACUCGGAUGGGCAGCGUUCGGGAAGCUCCUCUUCUCGUUCCUAAUACCACAUUGUCUGAAGACGAAAGUUUUCAACCAGUGUGUUGCCAGUAAAGACGUGGUCGCUAACUAUGGGCCUAAUGAGAAAGCUCAUGGUCGCUCAGAGGGCAAAGGAGAGGACUAUGCUGGGAGUUUCCCUGCGAGAUCGAAUCAGAAAUGAGGAGAUCCGUAGGAAAACCAAAGUUACCGACAUAGUUCAAAUGAUUGCGAAACUGAAGUGGCAGUGGGCAGGGUGCAUAGUUCGACGCACAGAUGGCCGUUAGGGCAGCAAAGUCCUCGAAUGGUGACCACGUACCGGAAGACGCAGUAUUGGUAGGCCCCCUACAAGAUGGACCGACGAUGUGGUCAAGACAGCUGGAAUACGUUAGAUGAGGGCAGCGCAGGACCGAUCGUCGUGGAAAUCUUUGGGGGAGGCCUUUGUCCAGCAGUGGACGUUUUCCGGCUGAUGAUGAUGAGGCUUGAAAUACGUUGGUAGAUGUUUUUAGCUGAAGCCAAGUGCCAAAAAAAUUGCGAAAGGUUCUCCAGUCUCCACACGAAGCGCGGCACAGGCCUAUAUAUGUACUGACAUGGUACUGACCACCCUGAUGAAGUAUUACUUAAUAUCAUGAAAUCAAAUAAUAAUCUCAUUGCAGGUGGAGAUAUUAUUACUUAGAAUAUUGAAGAGAUCUGUUUGAACUUUGAAGCGUUUAAGCAAAAAGCAAUCAUAUAUCGUGAACUUAUAAAUGUCAAGAAAAUAACCGUUUGCUCAUAAAAUGAGUGAGCCUACUAGAAUAACUUAUACAAGUGCCACAUGUAAAUAAUUAUAGAUCGUGUUAUAAAAAUGAAAGAGUUAUAAGAAAAGGCAUAUUUAGUAUUUUUCUCAAUAAAUCGAUGUUUUUUUUAUU